AUGCACGCGGCCGACUUCCUGCGCCAUCGCCUGGGCUGGACCGGCACCCACGUCGGUUGCGAGCAGGGCGUCUGCGGCAUGUGCACGAUCCUGGUCGACGGUGCCGCGAUCAAGUCCUGCCUGAUGCUCGCCGUGCAGCUGGACGGCACGGACGUGCAAACGGUCGAAUCCCUGGCCGAGGACGACCGCCUGACGACGCGCAAGACGCCUUCAAGCGGCACCACGCGCUGCAAUGCGGCUACUGCACGCCGGGCUUCCUGA